GGGUACUUCAGCGGCUGACGAUCACUUCUCCACAUCUUGGUGAGCGUCGCAGGCUGAGACAGGCAGUCAGGUAGUGUGGUCGAGCUUCAAACACGAUCACACGUAUGGACCGGCGCCCGUAGCGACCUGCGGGACUACUCUGUGCUCCUCCUCGCCACCGACGAGCCUGUUUCGGCAUCUUUCUGUGGGAGCUGCCGCUCUCUCUCCAGACUGCGUAAGGCCUCCCCGGUUGAAGAGGAGAAAAGUGGGGCUUGGUGAGGCGAAGGCGGUGGCGGUGAAGUGUCCUCGAUGGCAGGCUGGAAGGACGGCUCGGUGCAGGAGAAGUACCGGUUGGUCGUGGUCGGAGGCGGCGGGGUGGGCAAAUCGGCCCUGACGAUCCAAUUUAUUCAGUCCUACUUUGUCACAGACUAUGACCCCACAAUUGAGGACUCUUACACCAAGCAGUGUGUGAUUGAUGAAAGGGCAGCCAGACUGGACAUUUUAGACACGGCUGGACAGGAAGAGUUUGGAGCCAUGAGAGAACAAUACAUGAGGACAGGGGAGGGCUUCCUUCUCGUCUUCUCGGUCACUGACAGAGGAAGCUUUGAAGAAAUUUACAAAUUCCAAAGACAAAUUCUGCGGGUCAAAGACAGAGAUGAAUUCCCAAUGAUCCUCGUAGGGAAUAAAGCCGAUCUGGAGCUGCAGAGACAAGUAACUCAAGAAGAGGGCCAGCAGUUGGCCAGACAGUUGAAGGUCACCUACAUGGAGGCUUCAGCCAAAAUCCGUAUGAACGUCGACCAGGCUUUCCACGAGCUGGUUAGAGUAAUAAGGAAGUUCCAAGAACAGGAAUGUCCACCGUCGCCAGAACCGACAAGAAAAGAGAAAGACAAGAGCGGGUGCCAUUGUGUGAUCGUCUGAGUUAGCCUUAUCACUGUAACUCACGCUGCUACUCUCAAUUGCCCCGCCCACUCUGCCUGACAUCACAUCCCGGCGUGGAUGACUGACCGCUGCCUUCUCCACCACGUUGCAUGACACCAGACAGCUCCGCUCCCCAUCUCUCGGAUACUUGGACUCGGGGUCGCUGUGCCCAAAACGUGACUAUGAACGAGUGACAAUGCCAAAAUUAAAACAAAACACCACUCUACCUUCAACCAUAGCCCGAUUGGCAUGACUAAACAUUGCCUUCUAAAUCAGCCUGACCAAUUCAUGUUUUGUACUCGGAAGGACUUCUCUUGCCUUGUAGUGAUUUGUACUUGCUGCCGAGAAUGAAUGAAACAAACAAACAAAUAUAUAUAUAUAUAUAUAUAUAUAUAUAUAUAUAUAUAUAUAUAUAUAUAUAUAUAUAUAAAUAUAAAUAUACGGAAUGUUAACAAGUUCCUUUCAAGUGUCUGACAGAGCAAAGAGAUUAUUUUAUGAAAGCUUUGUGGAUGUUGUGCCAUCUUUCUCCCAUGUGCUAAUCUGCUACUGUACAUACGUAUGUGAGAUUUCUCGUGAUUUUUAAAGUGUAUUUCUAAUGACUAUUAAAUCACCACAGUACAGUGUGUGAGGGUUGGUUUUGCAUAUAUGAAAGUGACCAUUUAAUGAUGUAUAUAUAAAUGAUGCCGAGACAAGCCCUUAAAGCAACAGUUAUACAACUUUUAGAUUCUUUAUUUUUUUUUGUGGCUUCUGCUUCCAUCUCAAUUGCUAAAUAUAGAAUGUCUGAAGUCCAUCCAUCCAUUUUCAACACUGGGUCGCGGGGGGUGCUGGAGCUUAACACAGCUGACAUCGCGCAAAAGGCAGUCUACACCCUGAAGUCUUAUCGGUAGUAAGAUCCUGCCAUCCCAUUCUUCUUUCCAGGUGGUAGUUUAGUCAACAUGAUCAAAAUGAGAUGUCACAUGUCCUUGACGUCAGAAGCCAUAUGUCUAAAUUUGACCACUAACGUCAAAGCAAAAAAAUGUCACCACUUUGUUGAGUUUAUGAACACAACUUUUAAAGUCCCUGUAAAGUGAAAAUAAAUGUUUAAGUAAAAUCAGAGAUGUAUAAAAUGAGACGCUGUCGGUUUGUCCCUUGAAUGCGCUGAGACAAUGUCCCGCUCAACUGUCAAUCAAAUGCCUCUUUCAGGACCAUUAAAAAUGAAAGCCACCUGCCGACUUUCUUCUACCUUCCCGUAACUACAUUUGAGCCACAAAAAUAUAUCCGCUGAAAGCCUAUGAUGGCUGAAAUAUUUUCACAUUGAUACGACGAGGCGCUCUAAAGCGGCCAGGCUAACCCAAUGUACUCACAGCUGGCAAUGAAGAGCUUUCAAGCUCCUACAACAGCUGACUAUCUCAAGAAAAUACGGAUUUUCAGGUUGGAGGCAUACCUAGCUAACUGCAAGUUGCAAUCGCGCUGAUUAACCGCUGAUGUGAGCAAUGGUGCUCAUGUUUAUCUUCAGUGUUGAGUGUGGGGUAAUGAAUAUGCUACACAAGGUGAAUUUUUUAAAAUCAUCUUCAAACGUAUCACGACACAAAUCUCUGAAUCCACUUUACAGGGUCUUUACAAUUCCAUCUUAAUGUAACAUGUCUGAUCAACAUUUAGUCAACAAAACCGAUUAAUCAUUCCAGUAACACGAGGGAUCUUUUGUAGCCUAUCCUUAAGUAACCAUGUUGAUCUGUAAUUGUUUUACCCCUCAGUGCAUUUCUGUUGGAAGAAAAACAGCAUUAAUGUGCUCAGCAGUGCCACAUGAACUCAAUGGACCUGCCACCUGUGGCGUUAUGUUCAGUACACACGCACACUAACACAAACACACACACAACAAAAUUCUACUCUGCCUUCUCUACUGUUGUUGUCUUUCAUAUAAGCUUGUUUUUGAAGAUCAAGAAAAUUAGAUGAUGGUAGUAACGGGCUUGAUUAAAUGUUUAUACUUUUAUACAUGAUUUUCUUAACUACUGUAGGAGGCAAUUUAUUAUUGUUCUGUGAAUAUGUGUAAAGCGGAGUAUUUAAUUAUCCUGGUUGUUCAAAGAUAACAUUGCCCCAGGUUUAGCCAAAUUGGAUUCUUAAUCAAAAAUGCUUAUGAGGCUUACAAAUGCAGGUUGUAUUUAUCUUCCCGAUAGAGAAUGAAAUGCCAUGCCAGCUACGAAGGGCCCUGGCGCGCAUUGGCGCUUAAAUGGGCUCCAAAAAUGAACAUUUUCUAACUGCUGACAUUUAAAGCACCCAUUGUGGUAAAAAUGCUUAUGUACAUCGCAUCGUACUGAUUUGUUUCCCAUAGGAAUGUCUUUUGACUUGUGUUGAGCUUUUUUGGUGCUGAAAUAAAACCUCUCAUUGAGCCAGAA